AUGGAAGUUUUCAAGGAGCUAACACGUCGGGAUGCUGUAAAAGCUUUGUCGCACGAGUUGGAAUUUCUCACUUCGGGCAUUCCCGACAGCCUGACAACUGAAAAGGAAAGCUUUGCGAGUCAGAUGAACGCUUUUCAGAACCUCUUCAAACGUUUCAUUGAGACAACUGAGGAUAUUGACUGGGAGAAAAUUAAGCUCCUUCCUGAUGAAGUGCUCAAACCCUACAAUAAACUGCCAAAGGUCACUGACCCCGCUAUUAUAAAGGAGCAACUGAACAAGCUCGUUGUUAUUAAGCUUAAUGGUGGUUUGGGUACCAGUAUGGGAUGUACGGGUCCCAAGUCUCUCAUAUCAGUGAGAAAUGACUUAACAUUUUUGGACUUGACCAUUCAGCAAAUUGAGAAUCUCAAUACAACUUAUGGAUGCAAUAUUCCGCUUGUCCUGAUGAACUCUUUCAAUACUCAAGAAGAGACUGUAAAAAUAUUGCGCAAAUACCAGAAGGUCAAUGUCGAAAUUGAAACAUUCGUACAAAGCAUGUAUCCUCGCUUAAAUCGGGAAUCAUUGCUGCCCAUUGUGAAGCAGGUUGAUCCUGCUCUCCUUGUAGGAUCCAAGAAGACAGAAAACUACGACAUUCCGGCCGUCGACCUCUCUGGUUGGUACCCCCCAGGCCAUGGUGAUGUGUAUCGCCGUUUCUGUCAGUCAGGGUUAGCUGAAAAGAUGCGCAAGGCGGGCAAGGAGUGGAUAUUCAUUUCUAAUAUUGACAACCUUGGUGCCUGUGUUGAUCUGAACAUCCUCAAUUUUCUAACCUCGAACCCCUCAUCUGCGCCUGGCUUCGUUAUGGAGGUGACUGAUAAAACCAGAGCUGACGUCAAGGGUGGCACUCUUGUCGGCUAUGAAGGCCGCCUUCGAUUGCUGGAAAUCGCGCAAGUUCCCCGUGACCAUGUAGACGAAUUCACGAGUGUGCGCAAGUUCCGCAUUUUCAAUACGAAUAACUUGUGGGCGAAACUAUGCGAGGUUGAGGAGCUCGUGAAGAACGACCAAAUGAAUAUGGAGGUGAUCCGCAAUCCCAAAACCCUCGAUUCUGGCAUCAACAUCAUUCAGCUCGAGGAGGCCGCGGGUGCAGCCAUUCGUAACUUCAAAGGAGCCAUCGGUAUUAAUGUGCCUCGUAGCCGUUUCCUUCCGGUGAAGACGACCUCCGAUCUUUUGCUUCUCAUGUCCAACCUCUAUACUCUUGACAAAGGCAACAUCAUCAUGUCGCCUAAGCGCUCCUUCCCAACAGUGCCUCUUGUGAAGUUAGGCGAUGAAUUCAAAAAGGUGAAGGAAUUUUUGUCUCGCUUCUCGAGCAUCCCAGACCUUCUGGAACUGGAUCAUCUGACAAUCGCCGGUAAUGUACAAAUCGGCCAGGACGUCUCUCUCAAGGGGACUGUUAUAAUAAUCGCAAACCACGGUGAAAAGAUAUGCAUCCCCAAGGGCUCCCAAUUGGAGAACAAAAUUGUUUCCGGUAAUCUACACAUCUUGGACCACUAG